AUGAGAGCAAAACUGGAGGUCCUGGCCCUGGUUCUGGGCUCCAUCGGCCUGUGUGGGACCAUCGCUGUCACUGCCCUGCCCAUAUGGAGGGUCUCUGCCUUCAUUGGUGCCAAUCUCAUAGUCAUGGAGGAACUCUGGGAGGGUUUGUGGAUGAACUGCUACAGACAGGCCGACAUCAACAUGCAGUGCAAGGUCUACGACUCACUGCUGAUUCUCCCCCCAGAGCUGCAGGCAGCCCAGGGGCUCAUGUGUGUGUCCAUAGUCCUGGUGGUCCUCUCCCUGUUCGUCACAGGAUGUGGGACCAAGAAGAGCAACUGCUGUGGCGACAACCCAAAGAGCAAGAACAUCACUUUGGCUUUAGGGGGUAGCUUAUAUCUGCUUUCCUUUCUGACCACGCUCAUCCCUGUUAGCUGGGUGGCCCACACCGUCAUCAGGAACUUCUACAGCCCACUGGUGGUGGAUUCUCAGAAACGGGAGCUGGGAGAGGCCCUGUUUAUUGGCUGGGCCACUUCUGGCAUUCUGCUGAUCACCGGGGUCAUCCUUCUGUCAAGCUACUGCAAACGUAGAUCAAAGGAGGAAGAGCCUUAUACUGAUGUGCAUCUUAUUGCGGUGAGCAUACAGAAAGAGGGGAGCAUGUACCUUGGGAGGACCCCAUCCAGCUCUUAUAAGCAUCAAGAAUAUGUGUAA